AGUAGUUACUCUCUUCUGUUGGAUCAAGGGUUAGGUUAAUGGUAAGGAAGUCGUCUGCUACUGUCAGUAAUUGUUAAUUUCAUGGAAUUUAUGGAGUUUUAAACUGUUCAUCCUUUAAAUCAGCAACUAAAGUUAAUAUAAUAAUGGUGCUGUUAACGUGACCAAGUGGUUAAGAUGUAUCCAGAAGCUUUGGGUUUGAGAGCGAAGAAUAACAACCUGAACACAGUACAGCAGUGGCUGUUGUCCGUUACGUUUUUUGUGGUAUUAAUGUCAUGUUUUCAUUACUAACGUCUUUUAAAGUAUAUUUUUAUUUACACAUUUUGCCAUGGAAGAUUCUGCUCAUUAUGUAAGAACCAUAGAAUGGGAUAUGAUGGACAAGACCAAAUUCUUCCCUCUGAGUAUGCUAAGUUCUUUUUGUGUUAGAGCAAGUUUAUAUCCUCUUACGCUAAUAAAAACUAGGUUACAAGUACAAAAACAUGGACAGAUGUAUAAAGGUAUGAUUGACGCAGCUUGUAAAAUUUACCAAAGUGAAGGUGCCAGUGGUCUUUACAGAGGAUUUUGGGUCAGCUCUGUUCAGAUAGUGUCUGGAGUUAUGUACAUAGCAACAUAUGAAGGGGUACGACAUAUUCUCACACAACACAAUGCAAGUGCUUCUACAAAAUCUCUUUUGGGAGGAGGCUGUGCUUCAGUUGUUGGACAAACUGUAAUAGUGCCGUUUGAUAUUUUAUCACAACAUCUCAUGGUCCUCGGAGUAGCUGAGUCAAAGUACAACAAGAACAAGGCUGUACUCAAUCCUCUCGGCAUAUUUUUGGAUCCGAGGAAAUCAAAAUUACGUUUAACACUUGACAUUGCUCAAGCAAUAUACCGCACAGAUGGCAUUAGAGGCUUUUAUAGAGGUUAUAUCGCAUCCUUGUGCACAUAUGUUCCAAAUAGUGCCCUCUGGUGGGCCUUUUACCACCUCUAUCAAGAGGAGCUGGAAAAGCUGUUCCCACCCGACACAUCUCACCUGAUGAUCCAGUGUGUAGCCGGUACCCUAGGCGGUUUCACCACUACCCUUAUCACCAACCCCAUGGACACCAUGCGAGCUAGGCUGCAGGUCCACAGAACUGACACAAUGUUGAAGACAUUCCAAGUGCUGUGGGAUGAGGAUGGGAUCCGAAUGUUGUCCAAGGGGCUGUCAGCUCGGCUAGUGCAGUCAGUCUGCUUCAGCUUCUCCAUUAUCCUUGGAUACGAGACAAUAAAACGCAUCAGCAUCCGUCAGGAGUACAAAGAGCUGGUGCGAUGGUAGCAUUUAAUAAUCUUUUGUAUGUUUUUAUUUAUAUCUAAGGUAUUAAUAACUAUUUGUAAGUAUGUAGAAAGUGAUGUUUUUCUUUCAAUGAAUGCAUAAUGUUUAUGCACAAGUUACCAUGAAAUAAAUAGAGAAAAUGUGUGAUGUAUAUCAGAAUUAAAUAUUUUUAUUUUCA